CAAUUUGUAAAAUGGCGGAGUUGGCGGCGGAGCUCAGUAGAGAGAUCGAUAGUGAUGACUACGGUGCAUUCCAGGUCAAUUCAGGUGAAGAUAAUCUAGACGAGAAGGUAAAAGAAUGGUUAAUUUUAGACAAGGUAAGUGUCUUGUAAUGCAUAUAAAAGGCUCGCCUUUCUUUCAGCAUUAUACAGCGACAUGCCUUUAGUAGUAUCACUGCUUUUUAGGCCCCCAUUUUUGGAAACUGCUGCCUUCGUUAAGUUUUGUUGAAACAGCCUUUCCCCCGCUCGUAGUGGUAAUUUCUCUAACCGGUCGAAUUUUUGGGAAGAUCUGCUUGUGACCCAUACUUCAUUAUGCCUACAGUUAACUGAUUAUAAAUUGGCUUGUGGGACUAAUGCUUUUUUUUCAUGAGAGGAUGGGGUCAUACACGAAUCUUCCCUAAUUUCUCUUUUGAUAUUUUUUGACUCGAUAAAAAUAGUGAAGGGUAAAGGUACUUCUUAGCAAAUCCUGUGGGUAAGUCCCCAGGUAGGGACUCAAGAGCACUCUAAUCUCCCAGACUUCUUGGGCAAAGUCUUCCAACAAAUCCCCUUGAAUUUCUGUGGGUCUGUGGGUUGCCUGGGGGUUGCCCUUACCGAAUGGUAGGUGAUACCCCCCUUAAUAAUUGACUUUUGAAGACUUUGCAGUUCUUUGUUCAAGGUCAUCUUCCAUGACAAUUCAGGUUAUUUUGGAAUUUUUUGGCUUAUUUUUGGAAGUGAACUUUUUUAAGUCUGGUCAGACUUGUUCCUAACCACUGUGUCAAGCCUAGUAUUUGCUGUGUUUUUACCGUUAGCACGAGAUGGCUAUUUAAGAAAAGUUGUCAUAAGACCAAUUUGAAUACCUGCAUUUAACACUCACUGUGGGUGACAUAUAUGAUUAGGAAAAGACAAGCCAGGGCUGGUAGGAGUAAGAUGCCACAGAAGUGGUAUAUUUAGAUAACUGGGAUAUAAGAUAAUCCAAGAUUAACUUUUUUUUCAAAGUUACUAUUUAACAUCUUAAAAUUUCAAAAAAGUUUGGUGGCUCAAAAAAAGAAAGCACUUGGUUUGAUUUAAUGUAACUUACCUAGCUGCUGGCUGCUCAGUUCGUCUUUGAACUAAGGUUGGCUGGCAUUUGUUUUGGGAGAUUCAUGCAAUAUCUCAAGGAUUGAUAUCAAGGCACAACAGUCUACAGUCUUCUUACCAAGUAUGCAUUUUGUACUUGCCAAUAUAGUCAAAAGGGUUGUUUGUGCAUGUUCUAUGGAAUUACUUUUAAAAUGCAUAUGAAGGGAAAGGACUGUUUUUUAGCCAGAUGUCAUAGAAUUAAGGCUUGCUUUAAGUUGUUGCUAUAAAAGAUUUUGAUAUAUUAUCAUCAACCUUGGACCAUUUAAGGUGACUGUCAACAAAAUCUGGCUAAAAUUUUGAAAAUUUCCCUUUUUUUCCUUUAGUUAGAGGAAGCAGUUAAGUUUAAUUUGUGGGAAAAAAAGUUGUACAAUCUGAAAAGGAAUGCAUAGUAAGGCUGAAAGAAUGUUUUAGGGGGAACCUGUACCUGAAGAGCAAAAGGUGUUAUAACUGGAAAGGCCUCAAGCAGAGUGUUGACAUCUCAGGCAGGCUUUCCUGCAGAAUCUUGAUUUGCAAACUUUGUUUAUUUUUCUUUUUGCACUGCACAGCAAAACAGGACUUAGAGAAAGAUUUUUUUUUCUUGUUAUGGGUGUGGGACAAAGAAAAAAUUCUGAGUCCUUAUGAGGAAUUGAACCUCAGACCUUUGGAUUCCACACUCUGAUGCUCUACCACUGAGCCACAGGGAAUCUAUGGUGAGCAAGGCCCAUUCUGAAGUUCAUAUAUGACAUGCAUCCUGAAUACUUCUGGGAUCAGCAGUGUCGAUAUCAUGAUGUUUUGUAAAUAGAAUAAGAAUAAGAUAAGUUUUAAGGUCGGUAGAGAAAUAGAGGAAGAUUUUUUUUGGCUCAUCACAAAAAUCACCUCAUGAGUCCCAAUGAGGAAUUGAACCUCAGACCUUUAGAUUCCGUGCUCUGAUGCUCUACCACUAGGCCACAGAGACUCCAUGGUGAGCAAGGCCCAUUAGAAAUUCCUAUUUGUAUCAGGCCUUGCUCGCCAUAGAGUGUCUGUAGCUCAGUGGUAGAGCAUUAUGGUGUGGAAUCUGAAGGUCUGAGAUGUACUGCACUGUUACGAGCACUUGACAUAUGUUACUUUCUCAAUUUAUGUAGAGAAUGUUGUAUGUGAAAGUUUGGAGAAACAUGAAAAUAUGUGCUGUGUAAUUCUGAUAAUUACAUACUUUUUUAGGCUUUACACUUGGAGGUGUUACAAUUUAGGGGAGUGGCACCAUACAAACAGAACAUAAGCAACAAGUGUGAAAAAAAUAGAUCUUUUUAAGAACCACGGCUUCACCAAACAAUGGUGUAUUUACUGUAGUCCUGCUGUAGGUGCAUGUACAGGAAAUAAUUAUUGCAGUUACUGAUAUUACUUAGAAAAUGUUAAAACUAACAUACAGGGGUAUGUGAUAGUGUAGAAUGAUGGUCUGGGUGAGUGUAGUCCUGAGAAAGACUGUUGUUGGCAGUGGUGACUGAUGUUUUAGCAUCCUGAUUGGAAGUCAUUAUCAGAGUCAAGUAAAUAGUUGUUGUCCGUCAAAUGUAUGGCAAACAUCAUGGCUGAAGUGACUGACAAGUUUACAUGAACCACACUUAGUACUUUCAAUUGAUAUCAGCUAUUCAAUUGAGUCAAGUUAUGACUUGCAGUUAGGUUGUCAAAAUGUUAGUCACUACUUUAGACAACAAUCUCUCUCAGAACUAUACUCACCCAGACAAUCAGAUGACACUAUCGCAUGUUACCCACAUGCUCAAACCAUUUGUAGUAUGCAGGGGAAUGAACACAAGAGUCAAACAUGGAAACUGACAAGUGAUUUAAAUUAAGUAUUAGGCUCACUUUUUGCUCAUUAAUCUCAUGUAUCAUACGUAAAUUGGUAAUUUCUAAAAUGUAAGAUGAAAGACUCUUUAGGAGAAAUUGAUCCAGGCUCAGCCUUAAGGAAAGCUUCUGAUUCUUGGAUCAUUGAUUUCCAAUGGCUCAAAUUGGAAAGUAUCUUCUUGGUGCUUUUGAUUAAUUAAUUAACAAACCAAUUCAACUUAGGUGAGUGUAAAGAUUGUCAACAUUUGACAUGUUCAGGCCAAGUACACUGGAGAUACAUGCUUGAUUAUGCUGCUAAAUUUUUACAUCUUUUACUUUAUUUUGUUCCUUAUAAUUGGUCUUUCUACAACUGGAAUGCCCAAUAUUCUCAUUCUUGUUGUCACAAAUAGUAGAUACCAUACUGACUUCACCUUUGCACAAUUAUCUUUACCUAUCUUAUAAGAAGGAAAUCGAGGAGUGUUUCAUCAGUUUCAUCUAUGACUAGGGUUGUAAACUUAAAGAUAAAUUGUUUUUUACCUUCCAGCAUCCAGCCAGCAUUGCAGAAGUUAGACUACUCAUAAAAGAGAUGAAGUUUGAUGAACUGAGACAAAUAAUGAUGUCACCAUUAUCUUUUGGCACUGCAGGUAAUCAUUAAUAAUAUUUUUGGUCAUGUUCUCCUAAUUAAGAACCUACAACAAUGUAUGAUGUACAGCUGUCUGUAUGUUACACUCUAGGUUUUCUAAUUAAAUUUGGCUCCUGUUGGUUCAUCAUUUUUUCACUUUUCACUUUUUUUCACUUUUACUUGCACACCUAGUUUACAAAGAAGAGAUGUUAGAGGGGCUAGUUACUUGGAGCCUCUUUUCAACGUAAGGCAUACUAAUGGGAGAAAUUGAACCUCCACUAAGGUGACUAUGCAUCUGCAGAAAGAUCUUAUGGUUAAAUUGGGAUAAUUAUCUCUGAAAAUCAGUGUCUUGACUUCCUCUAGCUGUUUGGGAGCAGAUAUAGGGAUGGUUAACUUACAACCGUAUGAUGUUUGUUCUAACUAAUAACAGAUUGUCUUUAUCAACUCUUAUCAUUUACUCAAUAUUUGUUCUUUUAUAAACAAAUCAGACUACAACUUGUUUUUUUGUAUAUCUGGUCAAAUAUCCUUGAAGGGCUGGGCCAGGAGUGAGAAUAAUAAUUUUUUCAGGGUUUAGUAUUAAUUAGCAGGGAUAAAAUACAUUGCAGCUCAUAAAAGAAAUACUUGCUUUGUCCUCUAAGGCGUCAAUGCUUGUUUUCUGCCACAGCCUGUGCUAGCAUGGUGUACAUGUAUUUCAAUGUCUUGUUAACACGAGAUUCGCCCUUUUAAAUCAAAAUUACAUCUUUGUUUGUAGGUUUGCGAUCAAAAAUGGGAGCAGGUUUUAAUAGAAUAAAUGAUUUGACAAUCAUACAAGCUACUCAAGUAAGUUAAAGCAGUUUUGCCUUAUUGAAAUACAUAUCUCCCCUAGGUCUGGAGAGCAGCAGGCAUGUUGAAAUUUUAAGAAAUGUGGGAAAAUGUUUAUUUCUUUGGACAUGUUUCAACAGUUCUCCUGUCAUCUGUAUAGAUUUAGCCAAAGUGGAAACUAUGUUGAAUUUAUUAUAUGUAACAGCAGAAUCCAAAGGGUACAAAACAAAAGAAAACAUGCCAAUGCUUUAGACCCUUGAUGUUAUGUUGUUCUCAUCUGAGUAUGAUAGUUGAAAAACCUUUGUAUUUAUAUAGCUAACUUUGUAUGUGCAUUUCAUAUUUACAUUUUGUCCUUAAAGGGUCUUUGUAGGUAUUUAGAAAAGCAGUUUCCAGAUAUCAAAGAAAGGGGAGUCAUUAUUGGAUUUGAUGCACGGCAUAACAGUAAACGGUAAGUGGUUCAAUUUUAAUGGUCUGAUCAGGUAAUUGUAAGUAUGUUUUUUUUUUUUAAUGUUUUUUACUCAAACAGUCUUUUUUUCAAUUAUAGCAAGAUUGAAUUAAAUCAAUUUUACAUGAUGAUUUGAUAUUCAUCUUAUUUUAGCCUUGCCCAAAGAACAAGCUGUGUAUUUGCCAGCCAAGGAGUCCCAGUGUAUAUUUUUUCAAGUAUUACGCCCACUCCAUUUGUUGUGAGUACAUGUACAUUUACUUGAAAAUAAACGCUGUGGUUGUAUUAAGAUGUUUGUGAUUAAUUGUUAUCACAGUUGCUAUCAGUGGGUGUUAACUCUGUUAUGUAUGAUCAAAGCUUGUACUCAUUGGUCUGCACUUAACUACAAUAUGUAUGCAUGCUAAAUUUAACAGUUUUUUUUUCUUUCAUUUUGUGCUACAGCCCUAUGGAGUUUUGAAAUAUAGAUGUGUUUGUGGAGUUAUGAUAACAGCUUCACACAACCCCAAAGAUGAUAAUGGUUAUAAGGUAUGAGAGUUAUGCUACUUACCACCUGAUAGGUGCAGCUCUCAGCAUUGUCUACGAUCACUUCAAGACACAAGGGAUAUUUAACAAUAACUACUGUAUUUAUCCAUGUAUGAGUUGACCUUUUAUGACUGAAAAAUCAGCCCAAAAAAUCACCCUCGACUUAUACACAAGACAUGACCUAAGCAAUCCAAGAAAUUAGCAUAACAACUGCCUGAAGUCUGUAAGAAAAACCGAGUUUACAAAAUCAGUUCUAAUUGUGUUCGAGUUUUGUCAGUUUUCAGCAUGUUCUUCAUGGACGAAAAAGUUUGAAAUAAUAAAUUUUACGCGGCUUAAACAGAAACAUAUUAGAGCUGAUUUCUGUUGUAUCUUCUGAUCUGUAGAGCAGACAUUUUUCCUUACAGCUUUGCUGCUGUUUACGGUACUGAACUCUCGUUUUCAUCAAAUGAUCGCAGUAGCUUAGUUACCAGUUUUGCAUAACAACUGUCAGCGAUGACCAUCUCAAUAAGAGAGCAAUUGCAUGGUGGAACUUCUUCCCAGACAAUCUCAUCUUUUCUACGGCCUUGAGAAUAGUGAAUUGAGUGGGUUUUCACUUUGAUGGUGUCUUCAUUGUUUUCAUGGGACCUGUGGAGGUCAGACGUGUUUUUUGCUCCCAUAAUAUUGGUGUGCUUUCUGACUUCAGGGAGCUUGCUUACUUAUAAAUGUAAGUGGAGGAGUUCUGCUAACAUCCGGCCCAAACAUUUCUGGCAUCUGUAUCUGAAGGAAAGUCAUUCUCUGGCUCUUGAGAUGACUUUUUUCUCCUCAUCAUGUCUGUGCUUCAAUGAAACUUCUGAAAUUAGCAUACUGUGGAGACGUGGUCCACUGAUUCACCAUGUGGAAUUUGGAAACACAUUGUUGUCUUCGUCAGUGAAGUACCAGCGUAUUGUCCAUCCAGUUCUGGUAAACAGACGAUCUAAAAGACCUUGUUUGUAUUAUUCUAAUGUGUAUGCAACAUUCCGCCUGUUGAUUGGUGACAUUCUUUUUCAAGUUGAAUCCUGAUCCCGUCACUAAUCAAGUUAAUCAUUGUUCUUCUAAUCUGUCCUUUUGUUUGUUGAACGCUUGUUCUCUGAGAAAUAAAUCUGCAUCCUUAUGUGAUUAUGUUCAAGAUUGCAAAGCUGAUAUUUUUGCUAUUACUGAAACAUGGUUAACCCAGAAUAAUGCUGUCAUAGAGGGGGUGGUACUGCACUUUUAUGUAGACAGAGUCUCAACGUAUGUUGACUGUCCACCAGUGAAAGACUUCUUUUGAGUUUUCUGAAGAUAUGAUUGAUGGUUUAUCUUUACAGCUUAGACUUGUGAUUGUGUACAGACCACCGUAUUCUGCUGCUCACCCUAUUACUUCAAGUACUUUUUUUCCUGAAUUUAGUGAAUACCUGGAAUCAUUGGUACUAUCUAAAGUGCCAAUUUACAUAUCUGGUGACUUCAAUGUUCAUCUUGAUGUCAGUGAUGAUGCAGAUACCAUUGGGUUUGCGGAUCUACGUAAUGGGACAUAUUUUGGAUCUGAUUAUUAGUUGCAGCUCUGACAAUAUCAUUAAAGGUACACCUUCCCCGGAUAGCUUCCUUUCCGAUCACUGCUCUGUUUUGUGCUGUCUUAAUGUUAGAAAAGUACUGGCUACUGUUAAACACAUCAGUUUCAGGAAGCUCAAGUCCCUGGAUUUAGUUGCUUUUAAAAAAGAUAUUGCUAGUAGUGAUUUGUGCAACAUUGCUUCAAAGGAUUGUAAUGAAGUUGCGGAGCUGUAUAACAACUGUAUGCACUCCAUUUUGGAUCAUCAUGCACCGAUGACAUCGAAAAGAGUGUUGGCUUGUCCAAGUGCUCCUUGGAUGAGUAGAAAUAUCAUAGAAGCUAAGCGUCAACGUCGAAAAGCAGAGAGAAAAUGGAGAUCUUCCAAAUGUCAGUCUGAUCUAGCUGUUUUUAAGAGUAAGACUUUUCUUAUGAAUGAGGCUAGGCGGGUCUAUUAUAGUACUAUCAUAGCAGAAAAUAACCACGAUCAAAAACAUCUGUUCAAAGUAAGCAAGAAACUCUUGAACAUCACAGGUAGCCCAGUUUUGCCACUGCAUGAAGACAAACAGAAAUUAGCUAAUGAGAUGGGUAUGUUUUUCAUUAAGAAAAUCGCCGAUAUUCAUUUAGACCUUGAUAAUCAUGAUAAACAACAAGCUUCCACAGAGCGCGAUUCUAAUGACAUUGAAAUUGAUUCUCUACUCUUCAAGUUUAGUUCUCUGUCUCAAGAAGAAGUGCAUGACCUGGUUCGAACAUCCAGUAAGAAGUCUUGUGGCUUAGAUCCAAUUCCCACGAAGCUAUUGUUGGACUGUUUACAAAUAUAUGUUCUCCUUCCAAUCAUCACUAAGAUGAUCAAUUACUCCUUAGAAAACAGUGACUUUCCCUCUGCAUGGAAAAAUGCUUUGGUUCUGCCUUUGCUCAAGAAAGAUGGUUUGGAACCUAUAUUUAAAAAUUAUAGGCCUUUCAGUAAUUUACAGUUUGUGUCCAAACUUUCUGAAAGUGCAGUUGCUAAACAACUCCAUCAUCACUUGGUAACGAAUGAUUUAUUUCUAGUGUUACAGUCUUCAUACAGAAAGUUUCACAGAACUGAAACCGCACUCUUGAAAGUGAAAAAUGAAAUUCUAUUAAAUUAGUAAUAAACAGCAUGUCACACUGCUUGUUUUGUUAGACUUGAGUGCAGCAUUUGACACCAUUGACCAUUGUAUUUUACUGGGGAGACUUAAAUCUGGGUUUGGGAUUCAUGGUACAGCACUGUCAUGGUUUGCAUCUUAUCUAAGUAACAGAUCCCAGCAAAUACUUAUUGAUGGUUCCCUCUCUAUGAACUUUGAACUGUCUUGUGGUGUCCCUCAGGGCUUAUGCCUCAGUUCAUUAUUGUUUGUAUUGUAUGCAAGCAAGAUUUUUCAAAUCUUUGACAAACAUCUGCCUAGCAUUCAUUGUUAUGCAGAUGACAGCCAACUUUAUUUGUCCUUCUGCCCCAAUGCCAGUGUUAACCAAGAUGUUGCUUUGGCUAGAAAGGAAAGCUGUAUUGAUGAUAUUUGUAAUUGGAUGUUGAAUGAUUAACUGAACGACAACACAACUGAGUUUCUGAUCAUUGGUACAUCCCAGCAACUUGCUAAAGUAACUAUUUCCAGUCUCUGUGUUGGCAACUCAGCAAUUACUCCCUUGUCAUCUGCGAGGAACUUGGGCUCAUGGUUUGAUGCAAAACUCACAAUGGCAACUCACAUUACAAGAACACGCAACUCUGCCUCUUAAUACUUGUACAAUCUGAGGUGGAUAAGAAAAUACCUGUCUUAAGAGAACACAAAAACUCUGGUCCAUGCCUUUAUCUCAGGCAGAAUUGACUAUUGCAACAGUUUAUUGUAUAGUGUCCCGGAAUAUCAAAUAAAAAAAUUGCAACAUGUUCAACACAUGUGUGCUAGACUAAUAUGCAAUGAAAGUAAAUAUUGUCACAUUAAUCCUCUAUUGAUGGAGUUGCACUGGUUACCUAUUAAGUUAAGAAUUGAAUUUAAGAUUGUAUUAAUUGUUUUCAAGAUUUUUAAGGGUUUUGCACUGUUUUAUUUAAGUUCUCUAAUUACACACAAGCCCAAGUCAAGAUAUAAUUUAAGGAAUUCCAGGGAUAAGACCUUACUCAGUUGUCCUAGUUUUAAGUUUGAGGCAUCACUUGGUGACCAGGCAUUUAUGUUUACGGCACCUAAGCUAUGGAAUAAUUUACCAAGGGAUAUACGAGAAUCUAGUUCUAUUAAUAGUUUUAAAUCAAAGCUUAAGACAUUUCUUUUUAAGAAAGCAUUUUAUAAUUGAUAAAGUUUUCAUAGUUAUUUAUUCAUUGAUAAAGUUUAAAUAGAACAUUUCAAGUAAUAAUUAGUUAUUAGUUAUAUGUUAUAUAUCUUAUUUAUUAUGAAUCGUAUUUAAUUGUUAUUUUGUAUUCCAAUUAUCAUUAUUAUUAUUAUUUUUAUUUUAUCUUUUAUAUUUAUUGUAAUUAUUAUGUUAGGGCGCAUUUGAAUAUAUAUACAUAGAAUUUGCGCCUUAGAAGUCAAUAAAUUAUUAUUAUUAAUUACCAGUGCUCCUCAAAUUUGUAGUUUCCAAGAUGGUGGUGUUUUCAUCAAGCAAUCCUUCAAAGCUCUUCUGUGUUUCUUUGGUCUGCUAAAUUUCCUCUCAAAAGGUUAUUUAAAUGCAUGAAGAUUUCAAUUUUCAAAGCAAUUUACAAAAUAUGGUAAAUUACUUCUCUAGUAAAUCGAAGUGCUUGUAUAUGCUUAAAUCAUGAAUCGUGGUGAUAUAAACAAGUUCUACUAAACUUCACUUUUAAAUUCACCAUGUUUUCAAUACAUUGUCAGAAAUAAUAGAUCAAAAAUUUGGGAUCUUUCUAUCGGUCUGAAUUUUUCUUUAACUGGAAAUGAUGAAAAAUCCGAUUUUUUACCUUGAAAAUGGGAGGUUGACUUAUACACGGGUUCGACUUAUAUGUAGAUAAAUACGGUAAUUCAUAUUCCACAGACAUGCAUACAUGUACAGAUUUAAAGAGGGCUUAAAGUAGCCACUGAGAUGCGUGAUGGCAAGUUGGCAAUUAUCAAUCAUGUUGCAUAAUGCUAUUGAGGAAAAAUCUGCUUAAAUUUUUUUCCUCAAAAAUCCAAAAAAAUUGUGGUUUACAAUUGUUUUCUUGCAUCCUACAAACAUCCUGUGUGGGUUAUUAUACCAGUAAACCAGCAGGAAAAGUAUGUUAUUGCUUAAGUAUGUGCAUAUUUUUGAUGACAAGAGAGUUGCCAGUUAUCAUGGUAUUGUUGUGCCACUUUUUCAGGCUCUGGUUGGCUAAAAAUUUAAUCUGAAAUUGACAUUACAGUGCUGAAAUGGGUUGCUCAGUUGGCUUUGAAAUUCUGCAGGGUUGCUACAAAUUUAAUAAACCAAAAUGAAAUGUGGAGAUGCAGCCUUUUGCUUUUACUGCAAAGGGCUGAUCAUUGACUUUCUAAUUUCCUCAAGAAUUCUUGAGGCACUGCAUAUGCAUGUAUUUCCUGGAUAACUUUUGCAGAAAGAUAGAAAUUAAAUUUUGAUCAGGCACUAACUGAUAUGUUUCUACUUUUACUUUGUGCUCAUAAAGACUGGAUAUCAAUUUAAAAAAACUAAUUGCAAGUUUGAGAUACCAAUUCCACUAUAAAAUGGCAGCGUUGAGGGGAAACCUAUACCUGUAUGGGAUUCUUUGCUUUGCCACUCCCCAUAUGAGAAAAUUUAAUCUCCCAUCUUGCCACUAAAUAGCAGUUAGUUAACAAAAGAAUUAUUAUAAUUAUAGUAUUUCCUAGGCAGCAGUCUUUGCCUCUACAUUUAAGGUGCCCCUCAUGGAACCUCGGGACUGAUAGGGAUUUUGUUUUUCAGGUCUAUUUGGAUAAUGGAGCUCAGGUAUGAUCUUUUACCGCCAUUAGCUUUCAGACCUUUGAUACAAUAAUCAAUCAUUAUUCAUUGUUUGAUAGCUUUAAGAUGUUUCCAUGUUUUAAUUGAUUCCACAGUGACAGUCUUUAAUAUAUGCCUUAAACUUGCUAUGUUCUCAUACUCAUUUGUUUUCGGAGUUUGUUGUGGUUUUUUCACAAAGUCACUCUUUACUUAAUUUUUUGUAAGUUGGAGACAUCUGUACAUAUGCAACUGAUGGUAUAAGUAAAGAGAGAAUUGAUCUUUUUUCUUUUUUUCCUUUUUGUUCUCAGAUCAAAUCCCCUCAUGACAAGGGUAUUUCCCAGUGUAUUGCUGAAAACAGAAUUCCUUGGGAAAACUCCUGGGAAAUCAGUCUAGUCAAUCCACUUAUUAAAGACCCUUAUGAGGAGAUAUGUGCAUCUUACUUUGAAGACAUAAAAAAGUAUUGCCAUUACAGGUAAUUGUGACAUUUUUUCUUUCUCAAUUUUUGCACAGGGAUACUUUUCCCUGUAUUCCUCUGUUUAAAAAUAUAUUUAGUAAGUUUUUAGAUUCAAUUUUAGGUCGUAAAAAUUGAUACUGAGGUUUGUUGACUCUUAUGGACUUCUUUCAACCCAAAAAUGGAAUAAGUUUAAUUACAGUUAUUAAUUUUUCAAAACAGAAAACCCAUUACACCUAACUGUUAACUUUUGAGAGUUUUGACCUAUUAAGGUGAAUUUUAUGAUCCUUUUUGUGAUUGUAUUUGGUAGCUGCCUAUGACACCACAUAAAAUAAAGAAUAAGUGACUAUUAAUGUAGCGUGGCAGCAUGAAUCAGGUCACAUGAUGGUUAAAAGCUAUCAUAUGGUUGACUCUUUAGUGAAGACAACAGAAAAACCCGGCUGAAAUACACUUUCACUCCUAUGCAUGGUGUUGGACAGAGGUUUGCUGAGCUGGCAUUUGAGGCAUUCAACCUACCUCCUUUUGUAUCUGUGAGAGAACAGGUAUAUUCUGAUAACUAACCUGGUAAUUCUCCCUUUCUCCCUUUCUCCCACAAUCAGCAUAUCAAGAUUCAUUUUCAUGCAAAGUUGAAAAAAUUUUGGUCAAAUAACAUAUACCAACCAAUUGUUUAUUAGCAAAUUAUUUAAUGCAUCAUAAUGCUUUAUGAUUUUUUCUAAAGAUGGAUCCAGAUCCUGAAUUUCCAACUGUAAAAUAUCCUAACCCUGAGGAAGGAAAGAGUGCCUUAGUGAGUGAAAAGAUGAGUCUACUAUCAAUAAAAAUCUUGUGACUGCAGAGAAUAAAAGUUGGUUUUUGAGUAGUCUAAAUAUAGCUUCUCAGAAUAAGGAGGAAGAACUGUUUAGAAUAUGGAGACUUCGAGCAACAAUGCACACACAAGCUGCUUUAAAAAUAUGAUGAAAUAAACAAUGUUAUAGAAUAAAGUAGUCAUAAGAUUUUGAAUCACUGUUUAUAAGCUUUUUCAAUUUUGCACUAAGGACCUUGCAAUGAAUACUGCUAAUGAGAAUGGCUGUUCCAUUAUUCUGGCAAAUGAUCCUGACUCUGAUAGAAUGGCUCUUGCAGAGAAACAGCCAACGUAAGUAACAUAUUCACAAUUAGACACAUCACAAUUGAUUCACAUUAGCUGUGUACACUGAAUCAAAAAAGAGACAGUUACCAGUUUACAGUUGUUCCUAUCUUGUUUCUGCCUAUCUUGUUUCUUCCUUCUAUGUUGAUGUCGUUUCCUAAUUUAGACUACACUUGCCACAUUCAUGAAGCUGCAAUUUAAAUUCAGACCGUUAUAAUUAUUUUCAACAUUGAAAAUGUAUAAGCAUUCAGCUUUCAUUUUGUGCCAGAUGAAGAGAUUCAUCUCUACCAAUGACAGGAAUUUCCAGAGAAAUUACAUAUACACAUUUUCGGAAAGAACCUUUUAAGUUCUAUUCAUUGUGGUCAUAGACAUUAUUUAACUACAGAAAAAAGAGAUUUCCAUCUAACCUCUUACUAGUCUAAAACAAAGGCAUAGUCCCAAAGACAAUCCUUUGCUUGUUUUUUAAAUUUAGUUUUUAUGUUUUAUCAUUGUCAAAUUAUCAUACAUUAUAAUUGUUAUCAAUGUUGUUAUUUUUAGAGAAAAAAGGAAUAGUGGUAGGCCAGCUGAUUAGCUAUGAUUAUGUUCAGAUUUAAUUUUGGUGCAUUCACAUUUCUGACCAAGUCUUUUUCUUUGUGUGUUUUAACAUUGAAGUGGUCAGUGGAAGGUAUUCACUGGAAAUGAGAUUGGAAGUAUGUUUGGAUGGUGGGCAUUCACUUGUCACAAAAAAAAACAUCCUGAGCUAUAUCCAGGUAUCAGCAUUCAAAGUAUGAACAUUACUAAUUGAGAGUAGUUAGGUCUUUUUUUGUUAAUUUGAUAAAAUUCCCUGCUUCAUACUUACAUAAGGACUAACCUUUCAAAAGAUAAAUACAACUUGGAGGCUCCAUAUUUGGACCUCCAAACUAGAUUUCUUCCAGGGUUAUUACUAAGCGACUUUAUAAAUUGUAUUUCUUAUCAAUAAGUCUAUUGAUCCCUCCAAAAUCCCACUAGCUGGAAAAAGUGGGUACUGGCACAUCUUGAAAACAACCUUGAUUUUUAAAGCAACUUUUGAAAUUUAACCUUGAUUUCAAGUCAACCUUGAAAUCAACCAUGAUUUCAAAAAACAAUUCCACAUUUUGGAGACAACAUUGAUUUCAAGGCAACUUGAAUUUUUUAUAGGUGAAUAAUGUUCACAAUGUCUCACUCCUGAGUUCUGAAGAGGGUGUGAAAAAUAUUAUCUUGAGUGAUCCUCUUGUUGCGCCAUCAGGCUGUUGAUUGUUGUGUGAAGAUUUCAUGCCUUUGCUCCAUCACACAUCAUUAGGCUUGAAUUUCACAUCACCUGUGAAAUUCUAGUCUUUGCACCUGCAAGCAUACUUUGUGAUUUCAUACCAAAGGAUCUGCAUCAAUGUUGUACCUCCCUAUGAAAAAGUGGUGGUGUGCCUUGAUUUGUUCUUCUGUCAUAAGAGUGUCUUUGUAAACGAAAAACGUAUGACAGUCUGAAUUUAAACCUUUAUGAAGAUUACCUUUAUCUUGUUGGAAAAAUUCCCAUAUACAUAAUUACUAUAAGUAAUUUCUCUUGCACUAAAGUUGAGAAGCUUUUUCCCUUUACACUAGAAGGAAGAUGAAUAUACUAUAGCAUCACCAUUACUAUCCAUAUUCCAGUGACAGCUGACAAUAUUUUCCUUCCUUCUGUUGGGCUUGCUUUUCUCUUGAAUCUGCUGAAGGUUUAACAUCAAUAGAAACACAUUUUAAUUAUCUUCUUUGUACUCUGAAUGAUUUCGUGUUUUCUCCAACAACAGUAGUUGUUGAUUUUGAUUUUGGUACUACUGUUCCACCAAUAAUGAUAUAUCUAUCUUUUUUAAGGGAAAGAGAAAAACCAUUUUGACUUCCAUUCCUAAUCAAGCAGUUUCUUGUAUCUAUUGCUGUUCCAUUUAAACUUCUCCUAUUAUCUUGAUAACACCAAGGACAUUAAGGAGUUUAGCAUUGGUUAUAAAAGGAAAAUCAAAAUGGCUAUUUCCAUGAAAAAAAAAGUCUUCCAUUGUUUAUUGAAGUUGAUAUUUUUGGUCUGAGUGAAAUUUUUUUGUGUGUUGCAUGGUUGAUCAAUCCUGAUGAAUUGAAAGCAGGGACACUGAAGUUAUUAUAAAGAAGUACUUCCCUGUUUGAGUUGUGGUGAUACCAGCUUAUUGCUUUUUCCCUUAUGAAUGUCUCAAUGAAGAGAUUCUGGGGGGAUGUUUUGACAAAAAAGUGAAUAAGUCGCUUGUUUCUGUUUUUUCAUCAACUUAAUUCUUGGUCACUGCAUCUUGGUGGUUAGUUUGAUUGGCAAGAUUGACAAUCUUUCUAUUGUUCAUAUCUUUAUCAGUUUCUUGAAUUGAUUCGUUAGGAUUGCUAGGGUCUAUUGAGAAACUUAUUUUUUAUUAGGUUUUUUCUAAUUAACAAAUUCCUUCAGGAGGCAACUCAGUUCCAGGAGGAACAAUCUGAAGCUCUUCUCUGACAAAACCACACUUUGGUCCAUCCUUCAGAUAGUAGAGAACAGGCUCAUUCUUAUUCACAAGUGUUCUAUCAAUAUUGAAGAACUUCAUAGACCAUUCAGGGUCUGAGGCUCACUUCUGACCACCUUCCAGUUCACCAGCGGCAAAGAGAUAUCUCACAUUUGAAAAGUCUAGUCUCUUUUCUUUCAAGCCAAUAGGCCUUGAAUAAGUCGUUGAACUCUUUACAUCAACCGACUUGUCUUUGAUGGCAACCACAGGUUUCUUUCCAGUCAACCUGGUCACCUCGCUAUUCAAAGCUGAAACAACUUCUGGAAGCCUCUUCACCCAUUCAGUUGAUCUCUUUCCCCCUUUGAAGUUCAUCUCUUGAUGUACUGGAAAGUGAAGAGGCGUUCACCCAAAGUUCAAAUGAAUUGUUCAAUGAUUCCCUGAUCUCUGUAAACAUUCACAUUCUGUCUUCUUAUUCUCAUAUCAUAAACGGUUGUGAAUAUAUGGAAGUUAUAUAUUACAUAUUAUUGCGAAGAUCGCUUUCAUUCACGUCUCAUAUCAUACUUUGUCAUCUCUCUUGUGACAUCACCCAUGAAUUCAUGGCCAGGAUCAACCUGAAGAACGUUUGGCCAUCUCAGUGGUCCACGCUUACAGAUUGUCUGAAAAGCUCUUUGAAAUCUCAGAAGAAUCCUUUGAGGUGAGAGGUUCGGCAGCCUUGAAUCUACUUGCAACACCAACAACUUUAAAUGCGUACUUACAGACUUUCCUCGACCUUAAGGUCGCUUUGUCAUGUGGAAAGAAGAUCAGUUUGAUGAACUGCAUUUGGAGAUUGAAGAUCAAAAGUUGGUCUCGGGAUAUACUUCAGGGCAAGCAAAUAAAUCUGCCAAAUGGCUUACUUCAUCAGCCAUAGCACUGCAUCGUCUUUAGAACAGCAGCACCGAACAGGAAAGAAGGAGGUGCCGACAGUUCCAUUUAACGAGAAUCCUGUCAGCGGCUUGAAUGAAGAGAUUAAGAUCUUGUUACCCCAAAUCAACCCUUCAAUGCAAAAUUCAGAUUAAUAUUCACAGAAAUGAAAAUUCAGCACACCUCAGGUGAAGAAUCAAAGAGAUGUUUGAUAUUUCUGAUGUUUCACAUCUACUUUACCGUCAGAAGGAUUCUCUUUGAGAUGGGUGGAAUCUAGAAUGAAUCGGCUCCUCCUGGUGACCCAACUUUUAGCCGGGUAAACAAUAAUUAUGACACUCUAUUGCUCAAACGAAUAUGUGCAGAAUUUGGAAUUUGAUCAGCUACAGGCCGCGGCAGGCCACGAAAGGGAAGACUUCCGCUUCAAAGAAGGUGAUAAUCACGAUCUCGGAUCUGUUUUCAUCUAUGUGACGAAUGUUGGUCCGGAAGCAGAUCAUCCAAUAACCUAUCCUGGAAGAAAAAAGUUCAGCGAUGGGGGUAGAAAAGCCAUCAAACGCAAUCACAUUUAUCUCAUAAGGAAUGAUAAUGCGAAAGUUGACAGGCAAUUCGACUUCUUCAUGGCAGACAAGCCAGAAGGUCUGACGCAAGCUAGGAUGACGGGACUGAAUUAGAUGAUUGAGAUAUUCGUUAAUUGUAUUCUCGGUGUACAAGUCUAUGUCAGAUCAUCAAUCUUGGGUUCAUCAGGAAGCGCUAAGGAAGCACAACGUAUGUUCUUUGUAUUGAGGAUGUGAUCAGAAAGUCAGACAUUUCGAAGAGCGUUCAGAGGUUUCAGCUCGUUAUUGAUGAGGUGAAAGUCCAGCAUGAUCUUGCAGUCUCACCAGGCACCUGGCUCAUGCCCUCAACUUUUUUUCUGAACACUCGGUUCGGUUUAAUAACAGCCUGAAGAAGGCAACUGCCGAAAUGAAGGUCGGAGUCAACAAAUCAAUGGAGAUGAAAUCAGUCGGAGAAAGGCACAUGAAUGCCCAUACCUUUGGCCAGGCCGCGGAGCGGCAGGCCCCAGAGGGGCACCUCUCACCCUUUAAAUAAAGUGAAUACGACCUCAACUGAGGUUCAGGUGAAGACACCACCAAGGUUAGAUAAAACAAAUCAUGAUAUGUUGAAGGUAGGAUUGAUUUCAGCUAGACUGGUAUCAGCGUUGUUGGUUCCUCGCUUGUUCUUCUGAACGCGCUCAACCCUUGAUUAUGGCUACUCCCAUUAUUAGAAGCCAUGCAUUUUGACCGAGGAAGCUGAUCACUGAUCCAAUAGUCUUGAAAAUCAAGCCAACUGUGGAGCCUAUGAAGUGUGGAGAGCUAUUUUGCGUCCAAGAGUCUUAAAACCAUCCCUAACUUCUAUGGAAACAGAUUCAGGCCUCUUGUCAAUGCGCUCACAAUCAUUCCAAUCGUUCUUCCCACUGCUAGGACAACAGCUGAGACUGUGAAACCGUAUUUCUUGAAUAUGUUUCUCACUCUCUCUCUUAGUGAAGUGCCUUCUUCAAGUUCUUCUCUCUUAUUCUCAAGAGCAACAUUCCGCUCUCGAUUUCCUAUUACUCUUUCUCUUACUCUUUCUCUUAUAGCUUGGUCUUCAUUCUCAUCAUCAGCAAUUCCCCGAUCCUCCUUAAUUGACUUCUGUUUCUCUUCAAUUUCUUUCUCCUUCUGAGCAAUCAAAGCCUCUCGCUCUGAGGUUUUCAUUUUGUUUGGGAGUGAUAGAUCCAACCUUUGCUUACUCGUACCCUUUUCUUCAGUAUAUAAAGGAUGUUUUCUUGCCCUGAACAAAUAUCUUUACCUGCAACCUUCUUGUCUUACUAUAAGAAACCUCGAGUUCCGAAGCGUCUGCCUCAGGAUAAAUUCUGGUAAGUUAUUCCCAUGCGUUGUCAUUUGUUGUGAUGACUCGCUAAUGAGUAGUAUCACCUACAAUAAAAGAUGUGUCGGAAGUUUUUAACCCCUUCUCUUCUCCCCUAUUCAUUGUCGUCAUUAAAGUCAUUAAAUCUUCUUCAUCUGAUGGCCUUGGAGUUGAAUUAUAAUCAGGUUGAGAAGGUGUUGAUGCAUUUCCUUUAUCAUCAUCGUCAUCGUCGCCGUCGUCGUCACCGUCAUCACCGUCAUUGUGUCUCAAUAGAGUACAGUAUCUCCAAAAUCAUCCAUCUUAUAAUGAUAUAUCUGUUAUUUUAAAAUGGGAGUCAGUGGAAAAAACAACCCAUAUUUUCAAAAAGAUGACGUCAAAUGCCCUCUAGACUGACCGUGCAAUUCACAGAGUAACAUUUAACCUGAUAGGACAUCUCCAGGUUAAGUCCUUAGAGUCCUAGAUCCAAAGCUUGACGACGGAGUCGUCCUUGUGCCAGGAUCUCUUUUACUCAUCUUUGAGUUAGUGGUAACGCAAACAAUUAUAUCGUGAAUAAUGUCACAAGAGCUCUUGUUGACAGGUUGACUGUGAAAUUCGCGUGAGAAAUCGCGCAGGACACUGAUGGUUACGAUAUAUUCAAGCUCUACGAGGACCUCUUCUUGACUGAGAAUGAGAGGGCAAGCAUGUUCAGAGAAGCUGUUCAGUCUAUUGAUUUUUCGAAGAUCAGAUGCAAAGCUGAAGAUAAGAAGAAAUCAAGAAAUGACAAGGUGGAGAAGUUCAUUGAUGCUUAUGAGAACAAUUAUAGGAUUCCAUCGGACCAUGAGAUUCUGAAGGAUCAUGGAGUCUUCUUCCCAAGAGCUCUUUCUGUAUCGAUGAGCUUCUAUUCGAGUUCAGGCUUGCACCUGUAAGCAUUGUUGUGCUAGGAUCUAACAAUACACAGCUCGCCCAUGAGUUGACUAACAUCCAGCUUGAGUGUGGAGUUAUUCACAGUCCAGAACUCGCUGAUGAGGCCUCGUCUAACUACAAAAAUGGAAAGAGAUUCGUGUACGAGCACGUCACUCAUCUCAAGACAGUCUCAGUGAAUAAGGGAUUAGACACAAUCAUCAAUGAGAGCAUCAAUGUUCCAAGGAGGUCAAUGGAGGGACUUGUUCUUCUUUUUAACGAGGCAUAUGUCGCUGGUGCUCACGAUAGUGAGAAGACAUUUAAUCCUGAUGUCACUGAAGUGAAAGUGAUUGUCAAUGGAAUCCCAAAUAAGGUUCACAGUCUAGGAAUGAAGACAAAAAAAUUGUGGGAAGAGGUGUUCAGGAGAUUUGGAAGGGAAAAAAGCGCGAUGAAUGCAACAGACUUUUAUGCUAGAGACAGAUUCACUCUUUUCAUCGAUCUCAGGAGUAUGAGAGACAAUGAUCUUCAUGGAAGUGGAUCGAGAUUGGUGGAUACGAAAGGAGGAGUUUAACUCGCAAUUAACAGGAAAGCGUCACGCUCAGGGAAUGUUAAAUGUCACAUCUUCAUCCUCUCAGAUGCUCAGCUCAACAUCAUUAACUGUGAGCUUGAAAGCGUAACUUUUUAAUGAGACUUCUCAUUUACAAAGACACUCCUAUGACAGAAGAGCAAGUCAAGGCACACCACGACUUCUUCAUAAGAAGAUACAACAUGGAUGCCGAUCCUGUUGUACGAAACCAUGAAGCAUGCUUGGAAAUAAUUGAAUUUCACAGGUGAUGUUGUGAAAUUCAAGCGUAAUGAUGCGUGAUGAAGCAAAGGCAUGAAAUCUUUACACGAACAAUUAACGGUCCGAUGGCGCGACAAGAGGAUCAUUGGAGAUGAUGAUAUUCACAUCCUCUUCAGAACUUAGGUAAAUACUACAUAUAUAUAUAUAUAUAUAUAUAUAUAUAUAUAUUAUGAGAGGAAAAUAAAAUAUAUAAAAAUAUUAUGAGAGGGAAAUAUAUAUAUAUAUAUAUAUAUAUAUAACUAACUGCAGACAGUACUGUUUCGGCCUUCUGGGCCUCAUCAGUGCAGUGCUGAUGCUAGGAUGGAGGUAACACCAUAUAGCCACCCCAAGUGAUCUCACAUAUGUGGGAUCAUCUAAGCCAUGCCAGAGUGCUCAAACUAGAAAAACUAGUGAGCAUGCAUAAUGCUAGCAGCAAUGACUCAUCCUAGUAGAGUGCUCGAUUUGGACAUGAAAGCAAAGCUUUGUAUGCCAAAGAGCUAUAUCUCUCCCUCUAUAUAUAUAUAUAUAUAUAUAUAUAUAGAGGGAGUCUGCAAGUCGAUUUUCGCGUGGAACAGUGCCCAAUACGUUGAAGCAGAGCGGAAUAAAUAUUUUAAGAGGAAAAAAGGACGCAACUACAUUUUCCCGACAAGCCUGUUUCGUGAAUCGCUUCACUCUUCAGGGGUUAAACCCACAGCACAUUAAACCCCUGAAGAGUGAAGCGAUUCACGAAACAGGCUUGUCGGGAAAAUGUAGUUGCGUCCUUUUUUCCUCUUAAAAUAUUUAUAUAUAUAUUGUAAAUAUUAUUCACCUUCAAGUUGCCUUGAAGUCAAGGUUGUCUCCAAAAUGUGGAGGAAAUGUUUUUUGAAAUCAAGGCUGAUUUCAAGGUUGGCUGGAAAUCAAGGUUAAAUUUCGUGAGUUGCCUUCAAAAUCAAGGUUGUUUUCAAAAUGCGCCAGAACCCGCUUUUUCCAGCUACUAUCCCUUCCAAUAACUGGCCGAUAGUUGAACAGAUGGGUCAUGACAGACGAACCGAGUGCAUCUGGCCCUUAAACUGAGUCGAUAAGUACAUACUAUAAUCUAGAAGGAAUUGCGAUGACAACUUAAAUUACUAGAAGGUGGUUGAUAUAAUUUUUUUGUUUGAUGGAACAGGCUCAUCUGUUUACAUGAUUGCCAGCACAGUUUCUUCAAAAAUGCUUCAAGCUAUGGCUAGAGAAGAAGGUUUCCUGUUUGAAGUUAGUUUACAUUGAAACUACUUGUGACAUAACAAUGCAGUUACAUUCAUGCUUUGCACCAGGAAUAUAGAAGUUAGUCAUACAUUGACUUGUAGUGGUCGUUAGUGAAGACUAAUUGAUUGCAACAUUUCUCAGUAGCUUCCUGUUUCUUUCUUUAUAAUCAUCAUUACUUCUGAUGUUUAAACUGCUGCUGUUCGUGUUGUAUGCCCAGCGUAGCAAUUAUUCAAUCAACAUCAAUAAUGGAUCAGUCUUCACUAGCUUAGGGCCUCGCCCGCUUUCAUAUUAUUUCAUUUAGGUAGGUAUACAAAUUCACCGACACCUAGCUGCGUAAGAUUCAAUGUUGUUUCCUUGAAUACAAAAGGAAAUAUCACUUGCUUUCCCAUUAUGUUAUGGAGUCACAAUUUUGAUAUAUGAAGCAGGUAGCCAGCUUGUCACUCAGAGGCUUUUCCCUUUUCUUUUUAGCCGUUUUAAGCUGAUUUUGGUUUCGUCGCCGUGUCACACGUGUGGUGGUCCUCAGUCGAUAUAGAGAAUUUCAAAUGAAUUGUAAACGUCAGAUCAUUUCGAGUAAAAAUUUUCCAAACGUCAGGCCCAUGGUCGAACCAUGUGAACAACUCUCUUAGUUCACUUCUUCUCGAUACCAGUUUCCAUUGGUGUAAUUGAUCACACAAUUUUAUCUUAUUCAUGCACUAGUAGUAUGGAGCAAUCCAAGAGAAGGAUAGAGAAAUAUAAUUGAAAAUUUAGGUUAAGUUGUUAUGAGCCUCAGAAAUAGAGCGACUAUAGGUCAAUACGAGGAAAUGAAGCUCAUGCAUCUGACAAUUUACUUGACAUAGGAAACUCUGACAGGCUUCAAAUGGAUGGGCAAUCUCGCUUGUGAUCUUAUGGCCCAAGGAAAAACUGUCCUCUUUACAUUUGAAGAAGCAAUAGGUGAGAAGUAAACAUACAUUGGUUCUAAAUAAAACAAAUAAACGGACACAUGGGAUCUGACAGUUGAAGCAGCCAUGCAAUCGCACUAAGUCCAUUCUGCUAAAUCCACCAAUCACAGAAUUGAAUACAAUAACCAUAGCAACAACCACUUGUCCCGCGUAAAAAACUGGAGAAUUUCUAAAAUGGAGUAAUUUUUUACUUUAGACGUUUUCUCUACCAGAGAUGUUUGUCCUAAAUGUUUUGUUUUUUUUUUUCGGAAAUUGUAACGGUUAUGAUUAAUUGGUAACAGGACUUAGUGUCGUGCAAUUCUGUCGGUAAUCAUGCUCGUGAUUGACAAAUCGAACUCCCGAUUUUGUUUAUCACUCGUAUGAUUACAGACCGAAUCGGACUCCACUCGCUCCUAUUACUAUUAUAAAUUUGACUCCACUACGUCCUAUUAUUACGUAUUAUUAUAGUUGUUAUUGUUGUUAUGUUGUUAUGAAUAUUAUUCAUUUUUAUCGGAUGAUAAUACAUUUUGUUUGGUAACAACGAGAGCUGUUGUGAAAUAAACGAUUGCGUUGAUGUAGCUGAUGUAAUUUUUAAGUGUUUGUAAGAGUAGUGGGUACCAAAACUACGAUCGAAGAACGAAGGCAAAGAAUGAAUGAUUUUAAAUAACUGGAAAGCCAACAACUAUUUAUAAAGCUAAUUGUCUGCUGGUGUUCAUUUCUUUUGUAGGGUUUAUGUAUGGCACUACUGUUUUUGACAAAGAUGGCAUCAGCGCUGCUGUGGUAAUGGCAGAAAUGGCUUCUUACCUCAACCGUCAGGGACUUACCUUAACAGAACAGCUAAACAAUUUGUACAAGAGGUUUGUGAUUGUGUCGUUACUAAUGUUUAUGCAAUCAUACAUUGCAUUAAUUGCAUUAAUCUAUGGACUCCCACUCCGUAAGUCAGUGCACCAGUACACGAUUGCAACGUAGUGAUAACGAGUUCUCUCGUGGAAGAGAAGGCCGCUUCUUGAAAAACAGGCACGAUUGCACUUGAAAAGCUGAAGAUAUGUGAGGGGUUGUCUGCGGUGUUGCUCUGGAGUUCACUUACCUUUCAUCCCUUGGGUGUCGAAUGCCCUUGUAUAUCUCGCCGUCUGAUGAGUAAAUGGAUGAAGUGCCAAAUGAUUAAGGGACAUACACGGGCCUACGUCCUUUGUAGAACAGCUUGGUGCUGUGCCUGUCAGUAGCCUUUUGAAGCUCCUUGGCCUUUCUAUCCCACCACGAGUCCCUCAUCUGGGGCAGCCUUUCCUAGACGUGUGCUUUGAGCUGAGGUAUAACGAAUUCGUGGCAUUGUGUAAUUUCUUCGUCAAGUGGAUUCUAUGGGUACUGUGCAUCUUUAGUGAUAACUCUGAAAUCUUUAUCCAAUUUUUGUCAAAGCUGUCUAGAUGUUUACAUUUGACAAAGCACUGGAAGAAUACACGGCAUCCCUGUGCUGCUUCCAUUCUUUUUUCAAAUAUCCAUGUCAUUGGUGUCAUUAUGGAUGUCUGCUUAUUUGCAUUGUUUGAGUUUCUUGGAGAGACAAUUUGCUCCUAACUAUGCAGUGGUCAGACUAACACUCGACUCAUCGGAUUAGUAAUCUUUUGCUCUACAUCUAUUGGUCACAUUUUGUCAAUCACACUCAACCUGAGCGUUCAAAUCGCCAAGGAUGAUGAGCUUGUUUUUACCUGGUGUUCCUUUGUUGUUCUUAUCCAAUAUCCUGGUAGAAGGCCACCUAUCACACCUUCAAUGCAGGUCAUAGUUGGGGUGAAGGCGCCGAUUAUACGGAUACUUGGCAGUCUCACCAGUGGCUUAUAAAAUUUUUUCUUGCUUUUUAGCAAUCGGAGUGCCGAUUGCAAACUCAGCACUACCAGUUCAAGGCUUGUCCGACAGAAGGUUAACUCGCACUGACCUCCUCCCGACUUGACUCCACGGAGAAUAUUAGAACAGCUAUUUCUCUGUAGUAUUAAUGAACCGUCGUCACUAAGAGGGCCGCUCGGCAUUGCAGUCUUGAAUCAUUAUCCAGAAGAGUGUGGACAUUACACGAUAAAACAUGCAUCGUUUUCUUACGAGAAGUACAUUUCGGCUAGGAUUACAUCUUGGCCGGAAACUGAUACCAGGCUUAGCAAAACUAAAAGCAAUAGUAGAAUGCAACAACGUGGACUCAAGUAGCACUGACUGAGUUCUGUAGUAUGGCCCCUAAAGUGUGUGAAGGAAUGCAUUUUGGGUUGUCCAUAACAAUGUAUUGGUCUGUCAAAUGCACCAACAAAUUGCAUGCAAAAAUCUCUUGAAUAGAAAGAGACGUUUAUCUCUCGAACAGUUUACGUGUAUUAUAAUGAAAGACGAUAUGUCGAAUUUGAAAUAUCCAUUUUCCAGGCCAUUGAAUUUUACUUCAGUUUAAACAACUUGCCUUAUCAUUAAGAUUGACUGAUGACUCUAACGUGACUGUCUAUAUUGCUUGUAUUUGGUUUAUGUUGUAGAUAUGGUGUCCACGUGACUAACAACUCUUACUACCUUUGUUAUUCUCCAUCAACAAUAAAGUCCAUCUUUGAUCGCAUAAGGACUCUCGAGAAUGCUUGGGUGAGUUGUAAGUGUAUAGUAACACUCUGUUUUCUGUACCUUGGUAUGAUCCUUUAAAACCCGUCAAUCAGGAAAGGUUACGCCAUGCGAAGGGGCAAUCAGAGUCGAAUCACCUAUGAAGUAAGCGUACAUCCGUAUAGGAACUACGACUGCAUGCUUUCUAGAUCAAUGCAAUAGUUUCCUGCUUAGUACGAAUGUUAUUUUCGUAAUCUUGUUUGGCUUCUCGUUUCGCUUCUUCGAUAAAAGUAGCCGUCUCAAAAUUUGACACUGUUGAGUUCAUUGAAAUAUUCCAAUAUUGCACGCGUAGGUGAACAAAAAUAAACAGUGACAGAUGGGAUUCCUCUUCGACACAGACAGCAUUUUACAAAAUUAAAGGAAAAGGCAAAAACUAGCCGUCGUUCCCUAAGACCAACAUAACACUAGAUGUAUGUCGUUUUGUUUAUGUAGUAUUUCAUGUGGGGAAAUUUCAUGCAUUGACAUGCCUUCGAAUUAGCGCCAUAGGAGAAAUAUUAUAAUAGAAAGUCUUUACUCCAUAAGUUUUAGUUCCUCGUUGAUACUAUGAAAUUUAGCACAUUUAGCGUAGAACAAGGGCAAUAUAUAUAUUUCUUAUGUUGGAGCUGAUUAUGUUAACUGUUAUAUGUCCAAGGUGAUAAAUCAACAGUAAACUUAGCAGCAUUCUAAGUUUUGAAACGGUGAGUUUUCAUUUGUUGAAAUUCACUCGACAGCGUGGGCUUGCUCGAAAAGACAAACCCCUGAAGUUGGGAAAAAUGGAUGUUGAAUUUGCCUAAAACUUUUUAACGGGAUUUUCCUGUAAAAUUAUUUAUCUACAAUGUCAAAUUACAAUCCUUUGUUCAUCUCACAUUAAAUUUUUUUUACUCCAAAGAGAGAAUGCUGGGUUUUCAGCUUUCUGAAUAACGAAUAGCGUCCGUUGGAGCCUAGGAAAACUAAAUGCAGCCACCACAAGAAGUCACGUGUACCUGUUAGAAUACUAGAUGUUAGAAUGGGGACAGUUGGGGGGACGUGUACCUGCUAGAAUACUAGAUGUUAGAAUGGGGACAGUUGGGGGGACGUGUACCUGUUAGAAUACUAGAUGUUAGAAUGGGGACAGUUGGGGGGACGUGUACCUGCUAGAAUACUAGAUGUUAGAAUGGGGACAGUUGGGGGGACGUGUACCUGCUAGAAUACUAGAUGUUAGAAUGGGGACAGUUGGGGGGACGUGUACCUGUUAGAAUACUAGAUGUUAGAAUGGGGACAGUUUUAAUGUCGCGUUUUUUGACAUUUUUUACGAUUUUUCAUAUUACAGUUUAAACCAAAUUGAACUUUUUUGGAUAUAUUUUGAUAAGUUUGAAAUCUUAUGCUGGUAAUUGAAACACAUCGUGUGUUGUACGAAUAUUUCAGUACCCCAGUACUUGCGGUCCCUAUAAACUCUCUGGUAUCAGAGAUCUAACUGCUGGAUAUGAUAGUACCAAGCCUGGUGACAAACCGGUGAGUACCUUAUGACCUUUGAGGUUAGAAUUCCUCGAACGAUAUCGAAAGAUACCUGUGCUCAAACUUAACUUGGCACUCGUAGAAGGAAAAUCACAUAUUCAUGAUACCUUACUCACAAAGAAAUCUCAAAAGUUUGUAACGGUUAUGGAAACAAAAUUAAUUGCAUGAAGUUUUUUGACCUAGCACAAGCUUUUCAUGAUGCAAACGGCGCUCUUAGUAGCCUGUGUCCAUGUCCGUUUACGAUUGUAAUUAAAAUUUAAGGUUGAAAACUGUGAAUAAUGAAACCUGUAUUGAGCAGAGGAAAUCCACGGGACUUUCACUAGUAAACUGUGAUAACAAGCCCAAAUUUUGAUCUUGCAAUCAACUUCCAUAUGUGAACAAGGAACUUCAACUUGUGAACAAUACGUGUAAAGUUUUAGACCGUACGUGUACAGCUGUUAUUUUGCUUGAUAGUCGUUUGUUUUAUCGCCUCUUAGUUGCCGUUGUGUUCUGUUUCAGGUACUCAUUCACUGAUGAUCAGUUUUGAUUGUUUACUUUUUCAGCGUUAGCAAGCUGAAUUCUCGUUUGUUUAGCGACCUUUCACUCUCUAUAAAAUAACGUUACAAAGUUGCGGUUUACAAAACCAAAUAUCGGCCGAUUGCAAAUCACAAUAAUUCUCGAACUCGUAUAAGGAGAGAGAGGGUUCACCUGUCACUUCGAGGAAAAACAUAUGGUUAUACUGAUCCAUCAUUUAUUUAGGACUCAAUCAAGAUUAUCAGCAACAUUUUAAAUGUUGUUAAUAUAUUAUUUUGAUGGUUAUGUUCACCAGGUUCUUCCAGUUAGCAAGUCAAGUCAGAUGAUCACAUUCUAUUUCGAGAAUGGAUGCGUUGCCACUCUUCGAACAAGUGGUACUGAACCAAAGAUUAAAUAUUACACGGAGCUUGCAUGCAAGCCGGGAGAAAAGUAUGUGGUUGUUUUCCACUGUCUCACGCUCGUAAUAAAUAUUUAGUGUCUUUCUUUAUUCGACGGUUAAGCUUAAAAUUGACCAUCAUUUACCACUUAGGGAUGCUUGCUGAUCCUAACUGUAGGUAGGACGUUUUUGUUAUACAUAAAUAUAGCUUCUUAAUGAACUGACGAGGGCAAAACUCGAAUCCUCUUUCACGCAACAGAAAUCUCGUGUUCAUAAUCUCUCGUUUGCUUGCAUAUUUACCGAGUUUCAGAGGUAACAUCAGGCAGGAAAACGUCUUAUUCCACUUAUUUCGCGACUGACACUGGGUAGAUCUCUCUAUUUUCAAAACCCUUUGAAAAAAAAGAUGACAAACACUUGUCUCUCAAGGUAAUUAGGAUCUCAGCCAGCUCUAAAUAAGUUUGCUUUCAAACAUUCUACCAAAUAAGCUACGGAGAACUUACAGAAAUUGAGAGCGAAUCAUCUAAUUGUUGCCUUAGCAAGGUUUCGGGUCCAGAGGCUAGAAAUCCGAAGAAGCAUUAUAGUAGUCUCUACAUGUACAAGGAGAUAUACGAAAUUGAUAAAAAGAUUAAGAAAAUAGUAUAUGUUGGUACAGUAGGCGGAAUUGUACCAACUGAGUGAAGGAAGCGCGCUUGGUCGUAUUGGGUAAUUUCUUACCAAGAUAGCAAGGUGGGUAAGUUUCGCUACUAAUGCGAUGAAUUUUCACUUCAUUUCGCUCUACAUUGAUCUUUGUGAAAAUAAAAGUCGUUUAACAUUACCGGAUAGAUUUUCUUUGAGAAAGAAAUAAUUGUUGGACACAAAUCAAGAACUAGAGAACGUACUCGAUCCAAUAAUCUGUUACGCGAAAUCAGAAAGACUCUCCUCAAAAUAAUGUGUUUAUUAUGUCCGGUUAGCGUGCCGUCGUAGAUCGUCAAAGACAAGCUAUGGUGGAACCUAAAUAUUCAAAUAUUUGAUUGCUGGAGGGAAAAAAGAUGGCAGUUGACCAUCUACAACUCAGGAUGAAACCAAAUACAGAUAAACUUUGCAACAUUUUUUCAAAAUUGACGGUUUUACCUGAAAAGCGCCUGCCAGCUAUCAAUAAGAAGCCCUAAAUCACUCACAGUAUCUAAAAAUAACAGUUCCAUUCAAAGAAUUGCAAAACUUUAUCUUGUGAGAAAAACAAGUACAUUCUCUUGCGAGUACGAAACUAAGACAUUAAAAAUCUUCAUGCUUCGGUUGGUUCUCCUCUUUAUUUAUGUAGACUUUCUGCAACUUUGCUGAAUGAACAUAAAAUCUUGCGUUAAAACAAUAAUUAUGUGUAUCAACAUUAACAUUGUGGAAGUUUUGAAAAGUCGGAAGCUUCACUUGGAGUCAGCGAGGUUGGUUUGGAGGAUCGAAGUAUCCUUAACUCGAGAACUCGUUUCAUCGCUUUUAAGCCUCUGUAACUUUGUUACUGUCAGUGAAACUUGAAUAAGAACCCUCCACAGCUCGCAUGUCUUAAAACACACAUAGCUCGUGAUUCGGUGUACCGUUUUCUCCAUAAUUGAAACACAAGAUACCUUUUUUAUUGCCUCACGGCUGCUUUCAUCAUCUUGCGAAGGAAAAGUUAUUUCGCGCCCUUUCAGUCAUAAAAUCUCAGUAUGCACACUUAACUGGUAUUAUGGCUGAGGUUGCCAAGGAACUUUCUGUAGCACAAUUAACCCGUGUUCUAUGAUGUGGUUUUCCAUGAGUUACUUGAAGUAAUUCGUUGAAACAGUAGAGAAGGUGUGGCGCACUUCAUAUCAUGGUGUUCUGUGUGUUUGACGCGCACUUUCUUCCUUUCUUUUAGUGUGGACAUUCCAACAGCCAAUGAAACUCUUCUGAACAUCGUUAACACAAUCGUUCAAGAAUGGUUACGGCCUGAUGUAAACAACCUCAUUCCCAAGCAAGACUGAAAACUACUACAUUUCUCUUUUAAACGUUGAAGAAGAUAUGAAUCCGAUAAUAUAUUCAGAGGCAGAUCCAGGCAGAGAGGGCUCGGGGGUCCAGACCCCCGCUUCUUAUUAGACCUGUGGAUUUCUUUUACCACUUGUCUUUAACCAAAAUUCUUGCAAAGACAGGGUCUUAUGUUAUUACGCAGUAUCAAGUAUAUAAUGUUCACUUGUCUUGCAGUAUUUCUUGGCUUAUUUAGGCUUUGGUGUUUUAAAGUCU